AUGUCCUUACUUAUCCGUACUGAUGUAACUGCUGUUAUACUUUAUGAAGACUAUAUAAUUGCAGGUAUAGGUAGUUCUUUACAUGUUUAUGAAAAGAAUACUGCAAAAAGUUUAGAAACCCACAAUCAUGUACUUGAAGGGCAAAAAAUAUAUGGUAUUAUACCCAUUAAAGAUAAAUCUAAGAUAUUAAUAUUUGGUGGUAAGCAGUUUAAAGUUAUACACAGAUCAAAUCUGGAGCUGAGAUUGUUUGAUUUCUCCCCUGGUAGUAUUUUGUGUGAUGAUUGGCUGCACAGUGGUGUCUGGACAUCCGAUAAUAAAAUAGCUCUUUUAACAGCACACAAUGUUUUUCAGGUGUGGGAGGUAUCAAAUAACCCUAUUCUAAUAUCCUGUACCAUCAACAAGGACAACUCAAUAUUAUACAGUGGUCUUAUUACACCGUUAAUAGAUGACAUACUAGUCUUCAGCGGUACAGUCUUCUCUGAAGUGAUAAUAUCAAGAUGUGAAUGCAAAGAGCCCCUGCAUCGAUUGAUUGGCCACAAAGGUGUAAUAUUUUCAGUUUCGUGUAGCAUAGAAAGAGGAAUCAUAGUGACCACAUCUGACGAUCGUUCUGUUCGUAUAUGGGGCUUAAAUGGGCCUGCUUUAGAUCGCAACACAAAGGCUUAUUGGGACAGUGUUACCAUUUCAUGCAUACAUGAAUUAUAUGGACAUUUGGCCAGGGUGAUGCGAAACUGUAUUACAAACAGAUACGUAAUAUCUGUCGGCGAAGAUUCGGGCAUUUGUUUCUGGGAUUCUGAUGGAACGUUACUCAAGAGGAUUGGUGCCCAUCAAAAUGCACCUAUAUGGUCCGUUGACGUUGACGAACAUAAUCUGGUCACGGGUGGAGCGGAUUGUGGUGUAACCACACAUCCUUUAACAGUUGCCAGUGAUUACAGUAAUCCUGAUACACUGAGAAUAGGUGAAGGAACACCCAAGAAGUUAGUUUAUACAGCACGAAGAAAUUUAGCUAUCCUCAACGAAACCGGACAUUUGAUUUAUUAUGUUAUAGCUGGGAAAACAGAAUUUAUACAUAAAAUAAAACAUGAGUCUACUUACGUAAUGCUUAGUAUUUCGCCGUGUAAGCAAAUAAUAGCAGUGGCUGAUAUGAAUGGAAAUCUAGAGGUUUUUGUUGAAAACUGUAAAGGCCCUGCAAGUGUUCAGAAUGUUAUAAGCACAAAACUACAAAUAAAUAAAAUUUUGUCUAUGCAAUGGGCAGACAACAGACAUUUAGUACUCUGUUCCGAAAGUGGUGAGAUAUGUGUUGUAGCAUCUAAAGGUAGUGAAGUAGAAAUUGUUUCAAAAUUUUUACUGCCACAUUGUAAAGAAAGAUGGCUCACAUCUGCAGCUAUGCACUUAGACAAUAACUUAUUAGUUGUGGGAGAUCGAUGUGGUAACAUUCAUUGUUACAAAGAAGGCAAAACUCCUAUAAAAACAUUCGCUAAAGUACAUGGUAGAUAUGGUCCUACCUCGAUAAGAAUAAAAAAUAAUGAAAUUGUAACAACUGGUAGAGACGGAACAAUCAAAUAUUUUACAGUGAAUUGUAACAACGGCGUAUAUCGAAUAAAACAUAUUAGUUCUAAGGAUUUAGGAUUUCAGUGGGUAGAAAAAUGUAUUGACUCCCAAAGUAAUUUAUUUUGUGGUUUCCAAGAGAGAGUGUUUGUUAUAACCGAUUUAAAAAAUAAUUCGAAGCUACUCGAAGUUCCUUGUGGCGGAGGCCAUAGAUCUUGGGACGUAGUACGCUAUAUAGAAAAUAUAAAUAAUGAUUAUGAACAAAUCAUUAAAUUAGUUUACUUAAAAAAUUGUGAUAUUAACAUGGAGACAUUUUGUUUAAGUAAAAUUACAUCCAAAGACAUUAUAAAGGGUACCCAUCCAAAAGAGAUUAACUGCUUGAAAUCAUACCACCCACAGUUGGAGAAAUCUAUGACGUUCUUUAUAUCUGGUGGUGAAGAUACAACUCUAAGAAUUUCAAGUGUUAAAGGAACUAAACAUUUUCAAGAUGAGGUUAUUAUAAAACAUCUGUCUAGUAUCAGAUCUUUGAAAGUUUUUCUUUUAGAAAGUGAUAAACUACUUGUUGUAUCUGGUGGUGGAAGAGCACAGAUUUGUAUCAAUAUAAUACAUUUUGUUAAAGACUGUGACAAUGUUAAAGUAGUAGUGGAAGAUGUUGUUGACUUUUUAGUCAAAGGGACAGACAAAGAGCGUAAAGGUGACAAAACUUGGCGUAACUGUUUUGUGGAUUUCGAUCCAGAAACUCGAAUCAUGGAUUUAGAGAUUGUUGAAAACAAAGAUAAUUGUUUUCUUAUCUAUGCAGGGUGUUCGGAUGCGUACCUUAGAAUUUUCCAAUUUAAAUACAACGGGGACAAAGUAACGUUCGAACCUUUGGGACAGCUGAAGUAUCAUAAAACGUGCAUACUUAAAACACAUUGUGUUAAAUUUCUAGAUAGGAUUAUUUUACUGACGUGUACCACAAGAGGAGAGGUUUGCUUUUGGGAUGUUACUGAACCAACUAGUGUAACAGAUAAUGAUACUACAGUUUUCUCCGAACCUUUCCUCUCUACAACCACCAACAAAUCUGGGAUUAACUGCAUUGCGUCAAAAAUAAUUUCCGAUUCAGAAAUAUUGUUCGCUACAGGAGGAGACGAUAAUGCUAUCCAUGUGAAAAUAGUUCAUGUUCCAAGUGAAGAUAUCAAAUCGGCUAAAAUUGUUCAUAAUUGGACAUCUGAUAAAUUUCACAGUUCUCAAAUAACUGGUGUUUUAAUAAAAGACAACACUUUAGUGACAGCGUCGAUUGAUCAAAGGGUUACAGUUUUUAAAAUAAGUAAGAAUGGCCGUGAAGUAGAAUAUUCUUAUCAAACUAUAAGUGAUGUAGCUGAUAUUCACGGCAUCGAUUUUGUCAAACAGUCCGGGGCCACAAAUACAAUUUCCGUUUUUGGAAAAGGGAUUGAAGUGUUAGCUCUAUCUUUAGAAGAAGCCAAUUUGACGACUGCAAUUUAA